AUGCAACGGCUGGGCUUCCGUAGUCUGACACGCGCCGGAGAGGCUGCCGCAGCCGACAUGGAAGCUGUGACAAGGGCCCGUCUCUGGUGUCCCGAGCUGAUUAACCAUCUGGGAGUCUCGCCCAAAGAUCUCUUCAAUUUGGACGAGACAUGCCUCAUCCCGGCAUGUCAGCCCCGGAAGACGUGGGCGAGCAAGACGCCUGUGGGCGGAAAAACAGCGAAGGACCGCCUGACCGUUGUAUUCAUGUGCAAUGCUGACGGUUCCGAGAUGUUCCGCCCGAUGGUGAUAUCAAAGGUGCGCCGGCCGAGGGACUUCACCGACACUAACUUCGACCCCGAACCAUAUGUCUACUGGCGCUACAACAAGCGCGGCUGGAUGACCAGCGAGAUUUUCACGGCGUUCAUCGAAUCCUUGAACACCACUUUUUUCGCUGAGGAGCGGCAGGUUGUGCUCCUCGUAGACAACGCUUCCUGCCACUGCGUAGAAACGGCGGCCGCAGUGCGCCAGGACAUUCUCGGCUUCCGCACGGUCAAGCUCAGCAACAUCAGGGUGGUGUACCUGCCUCCUAACACCACCGCAUACACGCAGCCGCUGGACCAGGGUGUCAUCAGCGCGGUCAAGGCACGUUUCCGCCAGAAAGUCAUCGCGGAUUGGCUGCGUCAGUGGGACGGACGCGGCAGCCCUGCAUCCCCGCAACCGCUGAAGCCGAAGCCACACGAGACUGUGCUGUACCUGUUCGCAGCGUGGGAGGCAGUAGAGACCGAGACAAUCCAGCGCUGCUGGUUCAAUGCUGGCAUCCUGCCGCGAUCGUGGAGGGCACUCAUGCCCCUCGGAAGCACCUGGACGUCCGACCUCGGCGACACUACCGAGGAGCUAGAGUAUCUUGGUAGGCAAUUGGCUGCACUCAAUCUGGGGUCGGCUGCGAUGUCUGCGACGGAGUUCAACACUGUCGAUGACCAUGUGCCCAUCUGCGACUUCACCGCACCGGAUCCCCUGGCGGAUGAACCGCCCCGGACUCGCGGCGCCCGUCCGUCUAUGGUGCCGGAGCUGAUUACACCCGCUCUUCGCGAGCGUCGCCGGGUUGCUAGGCGCGCGACCGAGAUCCUAGUCGGGUACGCGCGGGCGUCCAACAUGAUGCCACGCGACCUGGCUGUCAUUUUUGGCAUCACUAACCCCGAGGUCAUCGAGCGCCUUGAGCGUGCCAGUCGUGCAACCAUAAACUUAAACGACCCCCCCGAGAACAGCGCCCAAUUUGGAGAGGACGAGGCACCAGAAGACUCGGCGACUAGUCUCAGGAGGGCGCUCUCUCCCAUGGUCGGCAUCUGA